AUGAAAGGGGUGUUUCAGAUUCAAGCGGAGGCAGCUGGAAUGACGAACGGCGAAUUCGUGUUUUUCUUCCCGGAAUUUCUGCGGGGAACCUCCAUCUACGGAACCUUAUCCUGGGAGAACCACGAUGAAUAUGAUGCGGUGGCGCGGCGAGCGUUCGGAGUGCUGCUGUUGAUAACGUACUACGAACACACCACGGACAACCUCACCUUCGACGCGGACGCUUUCCGGGCUGAGUUAAAGCAGCGCUCGCAGCGUGAUUAUAAUUACACUUAUGGACCGAAUGAGCAACCGAAUAUCGUCGCGGUGGCCAUGUAUCGUUGCUUCCAGAUGUUCGGCAUGGUGCUGAACGAGAGCUUGUCGAGUAACCAGUCAUGGAAUCCUCGCGAUGGCGCAGCGUUCAUACAGAAAUUCUGGGGACGUACCUUCACGUUGCCGGGUGAAUCGAUUUACAUCGAUAGAACCGGAGAACGCCUAGACGAUCUGGUUCUCUACACUUUUGACUCGUUGUCCGGCACGCGAACCGCGGUUUUGCGUCAGGAUAAGUCAACAUUCGGUAUCGUACCGACGGUACCGUAUAGUCCUAUUAAAUGGCCCAUCAAAUGGCCGCCGCCCAGUCGACCAGUCUGCGGGUUCUUCGGCAACGACGGACCGUGUUCUUUAAGCGAUCGCAACGAUGUGCUGAUUAAAGGCGUCAGUUGUGGAGGCGCUGCGGUGAUCGCGUUGUUGCUGCUGAUACUGAUUCGAUACAUCCGCAUCUGGAAGAGGCUGCACGAGCGUCCCUGGGUGAUCGAUCCCGCCGAUGUCUGCUUCUUCCCCACUAAACCGCGCUCCUUAACUGCUCCUAACCAGGCGCCAUCGGUUAUAGCCAGCACAGCCACCGUCGCCAAUGGAACACUGCUUAACCUACACCCGCAGUCCAGUCUGGGCGAGCACUUUGUACAAGUGCGCUACGCUGGCUACAAGGACCGUAAGAUCGUGCUGCAAACGGUGGAGCUGAUCAACGACGAGAAGACCCUGACAUCGUUACUGGCAAAGAUGUACCCACUGACGCAUGUUAACGUCAACCAGUUCUAUGGAAUCCUCCGUAAAGGGGAGCAGGAUUACCUCGUCUCGGAGUACUGUCCCCGCGGCAGCCUGAAAAUGCUGCUGGAACACAAUAAGCAGUUUAAGGAGAGUGAUUUCCUUCAGGGUUUGCUGAGCGACGUUCUAUCCGGUAUGAAAUACAUCCACGACUCCACGCUGCACUUCCACGGCAGUCUGGAUUCCACCAAGUGCUGGUUGGGGCACAACUUCACGGUGAAAGUGGCGGAGGUCGGGUUCGGCCGGUUGCGGGCCGAUGAGCCCAUGUAUCUGUCGCAGCAGCCCAGUUUCACGGAGGAGAAGAAAAAAGCGGUCAAGGACCAGCGCUGUCAAGCGGAGGAUGUCCUGGCUGUCGGACUCAUCGCCAUCGAGAUUUUCCGACCGGUAGUUUGGCGCGUCACCACCGACCUGGAGAUGGGCGUCAACUACCUGGAAUGCGCGCCGGCGGUGAAAGACAUCGUACGCCGCUGCGUGAAAGAGCGCUACCAGGAGCGCCCGGGGAUGAGCAGCGUGGAGCGCUCUUUCGCCAAAGUCUACUCCAAUCGCUCCUUCAUGGAACGCGUACUGCGCCGCAUGGAGAAGUACUCCCGGGAACUGGAGGACGCCGUGGCGGAGCGCACCGAGCAGCUCAAUGUGGAAAAGCGCAAAUGCGACCGUCUCCUGCUGGAGAUGCUCCCCGCGCAGAUCGUGGAGGCGCUGCGCCACAGUCGCUCCAUCAACCCGGAGACCUUCGACUCGGUGACGGUCUCCUUCACCGACAUCAGCGGCUUCGCGGAGUUCGUUUGCUUGGCAACGCCUCUUCAAGUGGUGGCCUUUCUCAACGACUCGCACAGCCUGCUGGACGGGGUGGUGGCGACGUACGAUGUGUACAAGGUGGAGACCAUCAACGAUUCGUAUUUGGUCGCCAGUGGACUGCCGCAGCGCAACGGCACCCGCCACGCGGAGGAGAUCUGCCGGUUAGCCAAACAGAUCUGCACUACAUUCGCCGGACAGUAUGCGACGCGUCACCUGUCCGCGCGCACCGGCAUCCAUUCCGGUCCCUGUGUGACGGCGGUAAUCGGCACAAAGCGUCCGCGUUACUGUCUAUUCGGCGACACGGUGAACACGGCCAGCCGCAUGGAGACCAGCGGCGAAGGCGGCCGCGUGCACCUCAGCCUGAGCACGGCCAGCCUCAUCGGCGCCUGCGGACUGCCCGUCCACUUCCGGGCCAUCCUGGACAUCAAGGGCAAAGGGCACAUGCAGACCUUCUGGCUGCAGCUCGACUAAGACGGUUUAGUAGAUAUGACUUGUGCCUGUUACGAGCAACAAGGCCAAGAACAGAGUAUCUUCCAGUC